CGUGUAUGUAGUUUGUGAUAUCAAAUACAAGUCUUCGUGAUGAUGUGUAGUUCAUAUUUGUGAUCGAUCGUGUAGUUUAGAUUGCGUUAAACCCACAAAUGGAAGAGAUGGGAGCGAAGUUUUCUUUGGAACAACAGUGGACAUGUAAGCAGUGCACCUUGAUAAACCCAGGCAGAAAUUCCACCUGCUCCGCUUGUGGCCAUCGUAAACAAUCCACCGCGACAUGGACUUGUCGAGUUUGUGGCUCUCGUAAUCCACAAACUUUAGUUCUUUGUAAUAGCUGUGGAUCGGAUAAGGGGGUUGCUCGAAAUGCUGAUAGCAAUGGUAAACAAUGGACAUGCCCUCAAUGCACUUUAACGAAUCCGUGGAAUAGAUCUGUCUGUUCUGCUUGCCAGUUCGAACCUUCUAUCGUUGUUUCCAAUUCUGUGAAAGCUUCAGAAAGUGAAGGGACCUCUUCAAGUCAAAGAAUUUAUCCCAAUCUGUCGCUUGAAUUACAUCCAGCUAUUGCUCAGCAAAGUUCAGAAGGUUUGAAAUGUCCUAAUUGCCAAAGUUUGUUAUAUGACAAUGUCGGAGUUCACUGUACAGUUUGCCAUUCACCUUGCCCGGAAGAGGGUUUUAAACCACGACCAUUCCCUAAAUCUUCCAUUCCUUCAGUUUCUAAAGGCCCUCUUACAGACAACUGGGGUUGUUCCCAGUGUACGUUUGUCAACGAAGGUUCUAAUUCAGUUUGUGCAGUUUGCGGAAGUGAUCGUAGAGUUGAGGCUAAACCCAGCACUUUGAGAGGAGAUACUGAUUCAACAGGUACUAAGGGCGAAAUGACUAUUUUGUUCCCAUAGCUUCUUGAAAGGAAGAUUUAAUACCAUUCUAUUAAUGUACUCAGACCCUUGCCUGGAAGGAAUGAAAUAUGCCUGUCAAUCAAUCCAUCAAUCAAUCAAUCAAAUACUCACCUAGGACUUUUCAGCACUAGCAAAAAAGGUUGUUUAUUAAAGCAAAUUUUUCUGUCAUUACCAACAUUUUACUAGUGAAAAUGGUUUGUUGUGGCUUGACAAAUUUUGGCCGAAGUGGACAAAUCUUCAGUGUCCAAAAGCCUUCAAUUUUGAAUCUUACAUAUAAAUUUUGAAACUUUUCAGGAAAACAGUUUCAAUGCCAGUAAGGAGAACAAAACCACAUGUUUAACUAACAAUGGGAUCUUUUAACUUGCUAUCUGACAGAGACAUCAAUUCUUAUUUUAAAAAAAUGUUUACUAUCAAUGUUGAUCUAGUAUCAGCACACCCUGAAUUUACAACAGAAAUAAGGUAUAAAAAAAAUUUAAGCAGGAUCAGAAAGGGAGAACCCACAAACCAAGAAUAUGCUAUUGGUGUUACCAGUCACUUUAAAGAAUGAACUGAAAGUCACGCAUGGUGUCCCUGUGGGGAUAAGCUCCAGAAGUAACUGGCAUACAGACUCAAAGGAAUUAGAUUCAAUCAUUAAACCUUAACAACAGUUACAUGUAACUUUCCCUGUUUGAUGUAGUCAGCUAAGUAACUUUUUGGGGUUGUUGUUAUCACAACAACUCUUAAUCAGUUAUUGUUUUGUUCCAAAACAUUGACUUUGAUUUAUUUGAUAAAUUUUUUUUUCAUUUUUGUAAGUGAUGGUAACAAAUGUUAAAUUCAUGUGUAUAAAUUCCCUUUGAAGGUCCUGGUGUGAUAGAUUCUGGUUGGUCAUGCACAGCAUGCACUCUGGUUAACCCAAUUAACACUGCGGUGUGCAGUGCUUGUGGUGCCAAAAAUGAUCUUGCUGUAGAUGAUGGAGAGAUCCAACAGGCAUCACCCACGGCUAGUCCAAGGAAAGCAAUGCAGCGUCAACAGAGUAUUAAUUCUGAGUCCAGGAGAAUUCGGGAUGAGAAACAAGCUAAAGAACAAUGGAUCAAUAUUGUGCAGUAUUGUAAACGUGUAUGUGUAACUGUAAUUGACAAUAGGGGUGUCUACAUAGGAAGGGGGUCUCAAAGAACGCAUAUGAACCACUCUUUACCAAAAACUUAACAGAUAAACAUAUGAAAGUCACAAUACAACAAACUAGCUUGCCUUCAAAUAUUGGUAGGACUCUGGUGCAGAAUCUUCUUACUUUUAACCUCUGCCUUGCUUUAGCUAAUGAGCACAUUAAAGUGUGUAAAGCUUACUAGUAUUAAUGACAUAUAGCACUAGGGAAAGUUAGAUCUCUUAGUCUCAAUAACAGUAUUGCUUGGAUGCAGGUGGAUGCUGCACAUUCGAACAGAAACAGUUUUCUCUUUCUCUCCUAUUUAACUAAGAAGUUACUGUGUGUCCAAAAUUUAAUUGUUAUUAUUAUUUGUUCAUAUUAACUUUUCAGACCAAAAUUGAAUUUGUUGAUGACUCCUUCCCACCCACUGAUAAGUCUCUAUACUUUGAGCCACGCCAUUCUGAACACCCUCGUGUGACAGAUUGGCGACGACCUGAAAACAUCAAUGCAUUUAGAGGAGGGCAUGGUACAACAUCAAUUCCUUUGGCUGUAUUCCGUAAUCCUAGGCCUGAUGACAUCAUGCAAGGAGUUCUGGGUGACUGCUGGUAAGUUUAAUAUUUGCAUGUAACCCUUUCAUCCAAUAAAAGAUAACUUUAUGAGUUCCCCUACCUAAUUGGUAAAUAGAGAAUACAGAGUUAAAACACAUAAAAAGUGGGAGUUUUUCUUAAGAUUUUUGCUCUAUAUUUUGGCUGAUCAUGACCAAACUACAGUUACAUACAUUCAAUUUGAGAAUUUUUUGGUAUUUUUUUUCUGGGGGGGGGAAGGGUACGGGUACUUUUUGGAAUUGAUUGAAAAUACAUAGAAGCUUAUUUGUUUUGUAAGGUGAAAUUAAAAGGAAAAGAAAUAGUAGCAACCAAUUAAAAACAUCAUGAACUUUUGAAAUUGAUAAUAAAUAUAAUCUCGGAGUAGUUCUCCAGGCUUCUGAUUAAAAUUUGAUAACAAAGCUGAUUACAAUAAUUUUUAAAAAACUUCCCUACCCUCUAGGAUUUAGACCAUUAGAAAUAAUUGUUUCAAUGGGAAUUAAUUGUAGAGAAGUUUAAGCAAGAAAGGAAGAUUUCUGGGGUUGUCGUAAGCUUAGAAUUGGUGUGAGGAUUAUAUUUGUGGUUCAUUAUGUGGGAUGCUUGUGGCAGACCACAUUAAAAAUUUGCUUAAAUGUCAUUAUAUUGAUUCAUAUGGAAAUUGGUUACAUACUUGUUAGGCCUUGUGGAUGGGUGACUGCACUUAAUGUAUUGUGUUGUUGACCCUUUUUUAAUGUCUUUAUUUAUCAAUUUCUCAUUCCUCUCUAAUAAUUUGAUAUGUGACAUUUAUCAUAUGGCUUGUAUCACUUGUGGGCAAGAUGAAUUGCAUCAUGUGUUCUAGUUGGCAACUCAACUGGGCAAGUUUUUUUCAGCUAUCCUGACCUCACGCUUGGUUAAUAGCGCAUAUGUAUUUAUUAUGCCACAUUGUUUGAAAUAAUUUUAUCACUAUUCCAUAGAAGCUUUUUUGACAAUUUUAUCAUUUGCCAUUGUUUGCAGGUUUUUAAGUGCAAUGGCUGUUUUAGGUGAAAGACCAGAACUUUUGGAAAAGAUUUUGAUAACAAGAGAGGUACACAGACAAAACAGUUUUACACAAGUAGAAUUUUUGCUUCCAUUACCAGCAUGCCAUUACCAGCACGCCAUGACACAAUCUACAUGCUAUACAACCAAAUUCCUCAUUUAGACCUUGUUUAUUGAUGAUAGCUGUAUUUACAAUUUUCCAUCAUUGGCAAGAGGAAAAACUUUGGAACAGAUUUAGAAGCAGCCUGGAAAGAAUGAAAGCAACAAUCUAACUGGGUAAACUUUUAAACCCACGUGAACUGAAAAACAAAUGCAGCUAGAUUUUACAUUUUACUUACUUCCCUCUGUUAAGCACAACCUUGUUCAUGUGUCAUAUCAUUUUUGUCUAGAUCAAUAAAGAGGGAGCUUACCAAGUUCGGCUUUGCAAAGAUGGAAAAUGGACAAUAAUCUUGGUUGAUGACUUACUACCUUGUGAUCACCAUGGACAACCAGUUUAUUCACAGGUAUAAUCCAAAGUAAGCAGUGCAAAGUCCUUACUGACUUGUAUUGUUUGUACUGUGGAGUUCAGCUCAAGAAGUCUGGGUUGUAGCCUUACUCAGGGUUGUGUUAUAUUGUUAGGCAAGGUACUUUGCCCUGCAGCACCUGCUUGGGCACCAGUGAUUUGCAUACGGGCUAUAGAUAAAUUGCAUGGUGGUAACCUGUGAUGAACAUACUCCUACACUUCACCUUCUACUUAUGGCCCAGUAAAUGUAGAUCUGCCAGUUUCAUUUGAAGAGUUACAAACCUGUAUUAGAUUUGGAUCAGGGAAGAUAUCUAAAAAGCAUUUAAGACGUUGUUUAUGUGGGAAUUUCAGUGAAGUGUAAAUAAAAAAUUCCAAAAAAUGUUUAAAAACUGUUUUUCUAUUGUAGGCCCGCCGACAGCAAUUAUGGGUACCAUUGAUUGAGAAGGCCAUGGCCAAACUGCAUGGUUGUUAUCAGGCUCUCACUGCUGGACGCUGCAUUGAAGGCCUGCAAACUUUGACAGGUGCACCUUGUGAGAGUUUUGUGCUGCAUGGUAAGACUCAUUCAGUUGUGACUAAUAAGAUACCUUUCUCGCAUUAUCAGUGCAUUUUCAAGAGGGCAAGCAAUGGGAGUAAAGAAAAUAUUCAGUUUCAGCAAUAUUUCUUUCUUUUCAAUGGCUAUCAGCUCACUACAUAACUUGCAAAAAAUCACCCCCACUGAGUUCAAGCUUUUGGGCCAAUUAGAUUAAAAAUUGCAUAGUUGUUGGAAAGUUUGCAAGUAGGUGGCUGUACACGUUUUGUACGUCUUUCAAUUUGUGCUCAUGGUGACUGAAUGUAGUAUUAUUACAGUGGUUACUAAGUGCAGUCAAUGUGGAGAAUUUCAGGUUUUUUAAAGAAAUUUAGAAGUGAGUGUCGUAGGUAAUUCUUGAUUGCAUUGGUUUUGCUUUACCUCGCUCUGUGAUUGGUCCAGAAAACUCGCGCCAUUCUCUCAGCUAAUAAGAUGCGAAGCUAAAACCAAUCACGACUUAGUUGCCCGCGUUUAUCCACGCUUUGGGCAGUUUUCUUGUUUUUUACUCGGGUUUUCAUUGGCUCCAAAGGGUACUUUCCCUUAUUCUGAUCGGCCAUUAGGAUUACUUUGGUUUUGGUUUUGGUUUUACGCUACUCAAUCGAAAAGCGCUCUAAUGUGUUACUGGUCAUGGUUGUUUUUAACACAGAGCCUCAAAACCCUACAAGUGAUGCAGAGGCUAUUGAUAAAGACAUGAUUUGGGCACAGCUUCUGAGCUGCAGGAGUGCAGGGUAUGUGUGCAAAGGUUUCGUACUUUUUUCAUGACACAGGCUACCACAUAUUCACCCAUCCACCUUCGUUUUCAAACUUAUGUUCAUUUUGUAUAUCUACCAAAAUGUAGUAAGAUCAGCCCAAAUGCUCUUGCAGCGUUGCAUUUCAACUUACAGGUUUCUAAUGGGUGCCUCUUGUGGUGGAGACACAAAGCCAGAAGAAGAAGAUCUUUUUGCAGCGGUUGGCUUGCAAACUCACCAUGCUUACUCAGUGCUUGAUGUUAAGGAUGUUCAUGGCGUAAGGUAAGCUUUUUUUUAAUGCAAACGACGUUGGUGAUGUCUUGUUUUUUUUUUUGCGUCCUUCAUACUUCUGUACCAGGAUCUGCAAAGAUCCGUGUGUGUCAAUAAAUUAGGGAAUAAAGGGGGUAAGUUUCUAAAGAAACUGUGGUGCUGCGCGGUGGGAGAGUAUAGCAGGUAAUUUAGUGUUAACAACUGAGUUGAAAAAGUAAAUUAGCCACCGUAGAGAGUUAAAAGGCUGACGUUUCGAGACGAAGGGCUAAGGAGCGAAACGUUAACCUUUAAACUCUUUACGGUAGCUAAUUAACGUUUCCAACUCUGUUGUUAACACUAAAUUACCAAUAAAUUAGGAAGAUUGCGAGUUUUUUUUUACGAGACAAGAAUCUCUCAGGGUCGAAUCUUCGCUUUGAAAUAAGCGGGUUUUUUCCACGCUCGCGACAAAUAACUAAACAGAUUUCAGUUGUUUAAGGACUUACUUCAAACUACUGACAAUUACAUUAUAACAUAUCUGUUAACUUGAUUGUUUUGAGACAAUUAUGGGAGGCCAGUUCACAUACAAGCUUUCCACGGUUUAUUUUCGCUUUCUUUGGUAUUUUCCGGCCCUGUAAUUUAAUAUGAAUUAGUUCAUUGAAACUGUUUAGUAAUAUUCUUUUGCAGCUAAAUGAUAUAUACGAUAUUUGUUAGAAAUAAAAGAAAAUUAUCUCAACGGCACACAAGCGUGUUAUUCCAGGGAAAACUAUAUAUAAUCGAAACAAUACAAUUAAGCAAAAAGAUUAGAUAAGAACAUCCUGUCGCGCCUAAAUCUCCGCUCCAACAAAUAUUUUUACCUCUUACCAAUCAACUCUUCGCCUCAGUGAAAACAAAUCCCAUUGACAUCGUAUUCUUUGUAUUGACUAGUACGUAAGGCUGAAAUUAUGACCAAUGCUGUAAUUGCAGACUCGUUCGUCUUCGAAACCCCUGGGGUCGCUUCUCGUGGACUGGUGACUGGUCUGAUGGGUCCUCUUUGUGGAACCCUGAGUUAAGAUAUGAUCUGAUGGCCCUUGGGUCUGAGGAAGGAGUCUUUUGGAUGUCCCUCGAAGACUUCAUGAAGUGAGUGACUUUUUAAAUUUGUUGGGCAUGGAAUGUUUACCAGGCUAGAUGAGAAGAUACAUUGGUUUUUGUGGAAGUCUCCGUGCAGAAAAAGUUUAAAUUGCGUAACUUCCACAGUUACAUUUCCAAACGAUUAAAACUUUUACAAGGGCGUUAGUGUUAGUAUAAUUAGCAAAAAAAAAGUUAAGAAAUUAAAUAAUCCAACUGUAACAUUGUAUAACUAAAUUGACCUUUUAUAAAUCUAUGGACUAUGUAAGUGUAAAGUGCGAACUGCUGGGGGUUACAGACUGACGUCUCAUAUUGACAUUAAGGAGUAGCCAUACUCUAAGUCAUCUCGUGUCGCCGAUAACGGAAGCAAGCUGUGGCAGUUUUUUGUCACUUUGCUAAACGUUCAUUGUUUUAUGAUUAAACUAGAAGGCAGAUAGUGAAGCAUACUGCCAGGACUGAUGGCAGUAUGGCUUUUAGGUCUACGACGGCGUCAUGCGUUAUACCCAUAUACAAGUUUAAACAUCACUUGAAAACCAGGAAUGUCCAUCUAGCGACAAGAAUUGUUAGCAUUUGAAAACUGUUCUAGGGUCAUUUAUAACCGUAAUUUUGUUUUUUUUUAUAUCCAGGUACUUUGAUAGUGUAGACGUCUGUAAGAUCAGAAAGGGCUGGGCAGAGGCUCGUGUCAAUGGAUGUUUCCCUACAUUUGCUGGUCCUCCAGCCAAGAUUGCCCUGGUGAAUGUGUUUAACACAACUGAAGUCGACUUUUGCUUGUUUCAAGAAGGAGUGAGGUGCAUAAGAACGUUUUGAUGUGUUGUCAUCUUUUUCCCAUUUGGUUUACCGUCUCUCCUUUGAUUUUCGUUUAUCUUUCGAUACUAGUAUUCAGAAUUUUUGUUCAAGUCGGAGAUAAUUUUGUAGGUCCCAAAAAUGUCCCAGAAUAGUGCGACGUUGGUCUUUUAAGUGUUUAUAUGCUAGUAUGUUUGUGCAUAGGCCUCUUUGCUCCCCUUUAUACAUGUGUGCUAAUGUGAGGGGGGAAAGGAAGUCUUUUUCAUCCCGCCCUUUUUUUUUUCAGCUUUUGCGCUCCCCACCAUUUCCUUCCCUUUUUCUAAAUUAAAGCCAUGUCUUGUUGGAUCACUUUCAGGGGGAAGUCGGAGGGUAAUAAAGCUCUCCUUGAUCUGUCAAUCAUUGUGUGUCGCACAUCCUCCGAUACAACAAAUCCCAAGCCUCUUUCACUCGUUUGCCACAGUAAGAGGCAAGUGAAGUCCAAUGUAUCGUGUAGCGGUAUUCUGGAAGAAGGAACCUAUAUGAUUGGUAUGUAUAUGCAUGCGUGGUAAAUGUGUAAAAUGAAUAAAGCUAAGUGCCGCUUUUGCAAAUAUUUUAUAUUUGCCAUAGUAUCCUACUUUUCAUUUAUUAGGUGUCCGAGGUUACUUUUGAAAAAAAACAACAAAGAGUAUUUUUUGUUUGUUUGUUUGUUUGUUUGGUUGGUUGGUUGGUUGGUAGGUUUCUCCGUGUAUCUGCUCUACGCGAUAGACUUACUUAUAACUGAUAAAGUUAAAAAGGAAAUAAAUGACAAAUACGACAAGUGACAAAUUGUUGUUAAAAAAUAAAUGCAACAUUUUCGUUGCGAAAAAGUCUCAGAAAACUCAAGCUUCGACGGGAUUUGAUUUGUAGUUAAUUUACUUUGUGGAUUUUCUCUUUUAGUUUGUUCAGCCUUUAACCAUUGGCAGUUAUUAGAAGCAAGUGGUAAUGAAGCAAUGGGAGCAUCAUUCGUGAAAGGACUAGUGGGUGAAGAACUUUUUCCAAGUUAUGUACUCACUAUUCACAGCUCCCGCGCUAUCAUGGUAGACCAGGUUCCAAUGACAGAUUACUCUUUGGCUGAUUCGCUGUUGCAUUUGGCUACGACAAAAGGCAAACGGCACGAGGUAGGGGCUGGUUUCAUAGCACGCCUGUAAAAAACCCUUUCAAAGAAGAUUCUAACCUCAAAUGAUAAAUAUCUGUACGUGGGUUUUUUCGAACCUCUAGUAGAAGCUGUUGGAAAGAAGUUAUGUUGACGAAUUGAUUCUACAAGUGGAGCAUAAUGAUAAAAACAAUUGAUGAGAAACAAAGCCAGAAAAAAGGAGUACCACAACAUGUGAUUAAAUGAGAUUUACGGACCCAUGUCACGUAAAUUAAACUCGCUCCUAACAUGAGGUUCGUAUCUCAGUCGAUAUUAGCCGCGCUCAACCAGAUUUUACAUGAACGGCGUCACGUUAUCGUUUUCAAUCAAUUCACCCUCGCACACUGUUGAAAUUUAAAAGCAAAACUCUGCCUCGACCCGUGAUGAAUUUCAGUUUAUGCAACUGAUCGUUUCUAUGUUUUCGAUCGCGCAGUUCACCCUGACGUAGCCGGUAUUUUCCAUUUUAAUCACGCUAAAGAUCUUUUUUUUCGAAAAACUCUCCCUCUGGUGGACUGAACUUUCGGUAACGUGUGGAGAGUGAGCCAAACUGAGAAGAAGGAUGAUUGUAAAAAACAAUGACAGCUAGGAAUGAAUGAUAUUCUAAGGUGCAGUUACAUAAUUUUUUUUUCUUGUAGGGAAUUGAAGGAGUCACAUGUUACUACAUGGCACAAGGGAUUGCGGGAUUAAUUGUUGUAGCGGAAAACCGCCGACCAGAUCACCACUUGCUAGUAGAGUGUAACUGCUCAGAGAGCUUCAAUGUGGUUUCAUCAAGAGGAGUGCUAAUGACCACCGACUGUGUCCCACCCCUUCACAAGUAAGAUAUAUAUUGUUCCAUCGCCUUAUUCCUCUUGGAGGGGCCGCAAUAUGUGAUUAAUGCGCAAGACUCUGAAUUGAGAGGCCUGGUUUCGAAUCCUGUUUGGAGUCUCUGUGUUUCGUACUUGGGGCAGACAUUUUACUCUUACAGUGCCCCUCUAUGCCUUGGAGUAUCAAAGGCUAUCAGCGGAAUACCAGGGAGACUGCAGCUUGGGUAUCAGAGGUGGAAUAGCAUUCUGUCCAGUGGUAAUAGCUAUGCUCCUGAUGGGCCGUUAGACUCGUUUGACCUUACAGCCAUUUAAGUCAUAUUGUGUCGUCAAAAUCAAAAACGAAAUGUGACACUUUUCUUCCUUGUUUAUUUUGCAGGCAAAUUCUGAUUCUUUUGACCCAAUUGGAAGGAACAGACGGUUUUGCUGUGUCCCAUAAACUCAGCUUUCGCGUCAUUACUGGUAAUGGUUAUGGAGCAUAUGGUGCUCAUCACAAUCCACAACUGACACCUGAACUAUAUGGACUGCAUAGCGCGCGACCCUUAUGA